AUGGACCCCCCGAGCCACACAGAGACUCGAAGGCAGAUCAACUGGAACAACGCGUACAGGGUCUUCCUCUGCUGUCUGUUUCGGUUCUUCCAUCGUGAUCAAAAUGCUUUCAGUGAGGUCUUUCGUUCGCUCUUCGACCUAAACUUCACGAACAAAGAACUUUAUCCCAGGUUAUCGACGCAGUGGCGGGAAAUGAGGAGAAAAGGUGACCCAAUAUGGCAUCAAGUGCAUGUUGGGGUCCCCUUCCCGCCACCAGAGGGUCCUUGGUCGCAGAUGGUAUCGAUGAUCAAAGAGAGAGCCAAUGCCAUCGGCGUCUCUUUGGUUGAGAAAAACAUAGAUGUCAUCGAUGCUUCGAGCUCUCAUUCAAAUCUAAGACAAGUGCGGCAGCCGGCUCCUCUCCAAAUACUACCUCUUCAGACUCCCAUUGAUACUCCGACAUCGACUCGGACAGCCUUUGUGGGCGAGGAUGCUCCUUCGGCUCAGGCGCCAGACACGCAGUCCAGCUUGUCCUCCCUAUCUACGGUAUCUAGCGAGCUAGAGGGUCUCUGCGAGGCCGGAGGGAAGGUCUGUUUUUGGUGCUGUCAUGAGCGCUCGGUCUCGGAUGAGGUUCAGACUGCGCCAGAGAUCAGUACGGAUGUCCCACCCAUCCUAUAUCGGUGGGCAAACGUCGAUUCGCAGGGAGUCAAUACAAAAUCGCUCAUUAUCUCCGGACUCUUCUCAAAUAGCGAUCAAGACUUCUUUGCUCCAAAUGAGAUCCCACGGGAAGAAUUUGAACAGUAUGUCAAAAAGCAUGUCACCAUUGAGAAGUCCCUGUCGCCUUUCAUUUCCACCUUUCAAUCUCUCUUGGCCCCCGUCCACCGCGCGAUCCGAGCCAGGGAGGGUGCGGCCGUGAUCUUCAUCGAUACCUCAAAGAUAGAGACGAAGAUAUACUCUGCGAAGUCUUUAGUGUGGGACCUAGGCAUAAAUAUUAAGGGAUACAGAGGACUCGGGGAGUAUCUGGUCUGGGGCGAGGUACCAACGCCUGCUAUUAUCUGCACCUUCAAGAUAAGCACUCUUGUGAGCAUCGCAGAAGAGGACGCAGGCAUAGGAGAGAUUUUGCAACUGGAUCGCAUAAAGUCCUCCAAGCGGAACCGCAACGAACUACAGACCGCCCUCUCAAAAGGCCCAGGCAGAGUGGAUGGCAGUUCUGGUCUUAUCAUUGGAAGAUUGCUACGGAAGUUGAACGUGCCCAGCCCUUAUCUCGAAGCAGUCGCCGUCAAGAUUUCGCACUCCUGGCGUUUCGCGCGCUGCAAAGAUACCAGCGAUUACCUGGUUGGUGUUCAGGCUGGCUACCACGAGAAUGGCCCAUCCCCGUCGCCGUCACCGGUCUUUGAGCAACCAUUACUAGGAACAUCAUCAUCCUCUCUUCCCUCUCAGCAGCAAGAAGAGUCCCCUGUUGUACCCGAGGAAGAAGAUCUGAACAGCAUACUAAGCGACGAGGAUAAGGAGAAUGACAUACCGUUCAUCGAAUUCGAGACCCCAUGUCCUCCCUUACGUAUCCAGCCCUUCACCACAGAAGCCCCGAGAAUCGAAUUCUUCGACCCAAGCAACCAAAGAUGGUCAGAUAACACCGCGGAGAUGCUACCGGCAUACUCCUUCGAAGAAAGCUUCGCCGUCGAUCAAGCAAGCAUAUUUUCGAACACGCUCGAACCGUUCGAAGAGGCAGAGGACAUGGCCCAUAUGAGAGAUGCAGAUUUGGAUGUUUUUAUGGAGGACAUGAUGGAUUUCACGCAGUGCACUCCUUACUUUGUGAUGGACAAAUGA